AUGGAACAGACUUCGUCGUCUGAUGGCUCGCAUCGCAAUUCCCCGCAGCCAGCAGCCACACCACAAGCACAGCGCCCAAAAGCCGGUGGUGCUCGUGUGUCAAGCGGAGAUGCAGCUGCAGGAAAUAAUGCCGCGCCUAUUCCAGACGAAGAUCACGGCGUAGAUCUGCCUAUGACUAUGGCAGCGUCGGUGGUCUUGACUGCACUUCCACAAGACGCCUACCGAGCCCUGGCGGAUGCUGAAGCCGUAGAUAUAGGGAAGGUCACGGUCCGAUUUCAACCUCUUCCUUCAGCACCAAUUCUACGCAAAGCAGUGUUCAAAAUCUCUGCAUCGCAAAAAUUUGAAACCGUAGUCAAUUUCCUGCGCAAAAAGCUUGACUGUCAGGAGACCGACUCUGUUUUUUGUUACAUCAACAAUGUGUUUGCUCCAUCUCUUGAUGAAGGGAUUGGAGGAUUGUGGAGGUGUUUCAAGAAUGAAACGGACGAUCAGCUCUGGGUUCAAUAUUCCAUGACCCCAUUCUUUGGGUGA